AUGUUGCCAAAAGUAGCCGUGCGCCUAAUGUGGCUACAGAUCCUGUAUCUCCUCACCGUUAACGCUGACGGUGCCGUCGUCAACAAUAACAAGAGAAGGGUGGUCGAAGAGAACGAUGGAGUCGCGGGGAAAGAGAAUAUCGAAAAUGGAGCCGCGGGGAAAGAGAAUAACGAAAUGGUAAUACGAUAUCUGCAGAGAUACGGGUAUUUGAACGAGACGUUCGAUAAGUUAGCGAACAGCGAGGAUUCAUUCGUUCUUCAACACGCAAUCAGCUUGUUUCAAGAGUACUACAAAUUACCCGUUACCGGCACGAUAAACAACGAAACUCUAAACCUGAUGAGUAAAGCGCGAUGCGGUCUAGGCGACAUAGCCAAUUUCGGAGAGGAGGGUCAAAGGAAAGAACGUAGGUGGCCGAAAAAACAUCUAACGUGGAAUUUUCACUUAGCCAACAAGCCGCUCUUGGAUACGACUCGGGCGGCGUUCGAUAUUUGCCAAAUUAUUCUUCUAUCGUGGCGCGCGGCCCAUCACACGUUCGUCGAGUCGCGAAACGGUGAAGUUUGCACGAACCCUUUCGACGGUCCCGGCGGCACGCUGGCUCACGCCUUCUAUCCCAAUGGAGCGCCGGAUUACACGUCGGAGAUUCACGUCGACAAGACGGAACCGUGGUACAUACAUUUAGAUACGUGUCCAGCGGACAAAGCGUAUUUGCUAUACUUGUUGACCCAUGAAAUCGGUCAUGCGUUAGGACUAGAUCAUAGUACCAACAAUGCGUCGAUAAUGUAUUCGUUCGCACCAGUAGACCCCCGUCCCGUUGCGCUCAGCAACGAAGACAUUUUAAACAUACAUAAUUUGUACGGUGCUACGGAUACCGACGUGUUACCGAAAAGGAAUCCCAUGCCACCACCGUCGCCGCAUCCAACACCAAACGCUCCACCGGAUCUAUGCGCCUUGAAACGCGUCGACGCGAUUCUGCUGUUGGAAAGACGAAUGUACGUAGCAUACGGAAAACAUAUAUGGGCGAUCGACAUAGAUGGAAAGACCUACAGCGAACCUAUGCUGCUGUCCAACUACAUGCCAUUCAUUCAUUCGAACUUCACGCGCAUCUCCGCCGCGUAUCAAACGCCAUCGGAUCAUCUGAUUCUAUUCGUCGACGAUAAAAUUUACAAAGUCAACUAUCCCGACUUCACGCUAGUGUCAACGUGGCCGAGAACGUUUCGAGAAUUUGGAAUUCCUAUGAAUGCGAAAAUAAACGCUGCCGUAAAUACGAAUAAAGGAAAAUCGUACGUGGUGUACGACGGAUAUCUCGUCGGUGAGAUAGACGACUGCUCCAACAGCAUUAGCAAAUUUCACACCAUCGAGUCCAUCUUUCCAGGUAUACCGAAUGGAGUGACGUCAAUCUUCAGAUACAUCGACGGCAAUCUGUAUUUCACGACCCGACGACAAUUUUACAAAUUCAACGAGUUUAAGAAAACUGUACUAACGGCGGGUACGUUCGAUCUGCGAAUCGUCAACAUUAUUUGCCCGCGAUACGACCUGUUGAAACAAUUGCGCGAUCUUCUCUAUCGAAUAGCGCGACCGAGCAAUAUACUCACUAACGACGACGACGACGACGACGAUUACUAUUAA